AUGACAAAUUUAACAGAAUCAGAAUUUACAAUUGUUCUUACGGGAUUUGGUCCAUUUGGAUUCUUUGACAAUAAUCCCAGUGAAAAAGUGGUACAACGAAUUGCCAACGAAGGUAUCGAUGAUAUUCAACCAAAUGCUAGGAUUAUUGUAAAAGUGAUGCCAGUAGCAUAUGAUGAUGUGCAGUGUAUAGUGUCUGAGCUCUGGAAGGAAUAUCAUCCUGAUCUUGUUGUACAUUUGGGCGUUCAUUCCACUAGUCGUGCCGUUAGGAUAGAAACAAGAAGCUGUGGAAUUGGCUAUGAUCAAGGCGACAUUAAAUCAAGAAUACCCGAAGACUAUAGAUGUCCACUGGCUAUUUGUUCUUCUAAUGAAGAGGAAAACAUCAUAUACACUGGAUUAAAUUGCACGAAACUUGUAGAAGCAAUGAGGAUGGAAUUUGCCAAAGAAAAUAUACAGUUUGAGUUGUCUGAUGAUCCGGGAAGGUAUCUAUGUGCGUAUUCCUACUAUAUCUCACUUCGACAUGACAAGAACUGUUCACUGUUUAUACACAUUCCAUCUUUCAAUAAGAGCUGUACUCUGGAACUUCUUACAAAAAUUGUCAAACAAAUCAUCCGAUUAUCAGUAUUGCAAAUUCUGAAAGCACGCAAGAAAAAACCCGAAAGCCUUUGUAAGAGCAUGCAGAAAUAG